AUCUUAUUUCAGCGGUGCUGACAGAGUUCUUUAAUUUAGUGGAAACGAAUAAUCAGUUCUAAUUAGAUUUUCGAAACAAACGAUGCAUGAGGACAGAGUUGUAUUUUUUUUUUAAUUUUCCAAAACCAUACAGUGACAUUAUCUAAUACAAUUGACCAUGAGAGUAUCUGUGUAUUUUUCCUUUUAGUUGAACUGAAGUGGGGGAGGUGCGGCAACUGUAAAAACUAACCGUUUUGUUGCAAACCAAACGAUUUCUUUUUCAUUUUUUUGUACAAAUACCAAACAUGUCACAAAUCGGACGACCAAUAAAAAAUCUGGAACCACCUAGGCCUUUAAAAACGUCAACAUCAAGAUCGAAUGUACCAUCGUUCGUCUAUGAGGUGCAAUCAAUUGAGGAACUGAUAACGUUGACUGAAAAUAUUGCGAGCAAUUUAUCAGCGGGUCAAUACAAUGCCGAUAACAUGAACAUAUUGCUAUCAAAUCUACGUGUACAUGGCCCACAAUUGGAAAUUAUUUCCAAGGAUACACUCGAUCGAGCAUUUAUUACGUUUCGAAAUGCUUCGCAGGAUGAACGACUUAAUAUAAUUUCACGAAUGCAUUUACUGGAGUUGAUUGAGUUGAGAGCAAAAUCGUGGCAAAUUUCAGAUGGUCUAAAUACGUAUUACAAACACAAGGCAACUGAUGUUCAUGUUCAGCCAGAAAUUCCUCAGGCAAUGAUGAUCGAUCUUACAUUGUUAGGCACCUCCCCCCCAUCAUCGACUCAAAAUUCCCAGAUGCUGAGUCCGGGCGAAUUAAUACGCGCUUCGGGUAAAUUCAAUAAACCGACGAAAAUACCUGGAAAAAACUACUCCAAAGAUGAAGUAGUAAUACGCAACGCAGACAGUGGCAAAGUAAUGGGAAUAAAGGGACGUAGAGUACAUAUGAUCGAAGAGUUGAGCGAGACGAUAAUUUCUUUCCAGAGAGUAAAUCCUGGAGCGAAAGAGCGUCUCGUGCAAAUUACCGGACCUGGCGAAGAUAACAUAAAUUGCGCGAAACAAUUAAUCGAAGAUACGAUUCGCCGUAAUGCAUCACCUGUGCGAUCUGACGCACCACAGGGCGGUUCAUGCAGUUCUCUUGCCUCAUCUGCAUCGGAUGAAGCUGUGCCGAGAGCAAAUCGAAAUAGCAUGUCCGUGUCAGGUGGUCAGUUAAUGAACAAUUUCAACGGUGUGCCAAAUCAAGCAACGACUUUCAUUGGCGGUAUUGGUGUCAGUAAGACACAACGAAACACGGGACGACAACUGUUGUCACACAGCCUUUCCACAAACGAUGCCUCGCUGGGCGAAUACAAAUACACUGUGGACAUUGGAAAUCACAGCAUUAAAAUAACUGGAGAUCGUUUUGAGCUUGUGCAGAUGGCAAAAUUGGUUUUGGAUGACUACUUCAGCAGUAACGAGUUUCUGCAAACUGCUGAGGCGAGUGCUGCCCUUGAUGGGUCGAUGAAUUCUACAGCAUCAACACCAACAAUGACUGCACCAGCGUCCAUACCGCUAUCGCAUCAACUAAAUUCCUCAUCACCAUUCGCAGACAGUGGUAUCGGUCUGAACAUGAUGUCUUCAUCGCGGUUGCUCAAUAAUAACAGCGUUGACAUUGACGACGAUGUUUUCAUUGUUGAAAAUGAUCCUCCAGCGAUAUCGAAUCAACCAGCAGUGCCACUGAACGGCUUGACAAGAUCGCGUCGAAGUCAUUUCUCCCGUAAGGACAGCACUCCCGAAGGCGGCAAAAUGAUGGAUGCCAAAGAAUUGUCAGCACGUGUCGUUCACGAAUAUGACCGUUUGAUGUACUACGCCAAGUCACCGCAUUCGUGGGCAUUGCCGAAAGACUGGGUGAAAAUUUGCGAAAAGUGGCCGUCCAUUGUGCGUAAUAAGAAUCUCGAUGAUGAAAAAGAUCGAUUUGAUGCUGACAAACACAUGUUGAUGCUCAAAUCCAAUCCCUAUGCGAAAUUUACUCCAGUUGUAGCAGACGAUAAUAAAUCUGAUUCACCGGAUCCUGAAUAAUAUAUAAUGCAGAGAAAGUUUAAAAAGAGAAAGAAAGAAAUCAAAACCAAAAAUGCCCAACAAUUUUAAAUAAUUUUUUGUUGUUCAUUCGAAAUGGGCAUUUGGUUUGGUUUUAUUUGAACGGGAAACGAACACAACAUAAUUCAUGAAAAUUAGUUGAUUUGCUAAUUGAUUUGUAAGUUAAGGAGUUUUUUUCUAAUUUCUUAUUUGAAUAAAAAGCAGGAACAAUUAUUUAGAGAAAUAAAAAAUAAUUUAAAAAAAAACUCAAAAAAACAUCACACAAAAGAUGUGUAGUAAAAAUAUUUUUAGUCUGAGGUUGCGGGCUGACAUUCGCUUGAUAAUAAUCUAUAUAUUGGUACAGUCAUACAGAUAAAUCGAAAAUAUUUUAUUUGAACUGUAAACAACUUUAGUCUAAUUAGUUAAAA